UCAAGUUCACUAAUUAGAGUAAAUGUCUGCAGAAAAGUUAAAAAUUUUCCUCUAGAUUCCAGAAAAUUUUUUGAUGCGAAUAUUCAUACAAUGAAAUAAUUUUUUACCCAUCAGCAUAACCUAAUAUAAUACUGCAUAUAAAUUAACACAGACCAAUUGAGAUGCAGCUAGACGUUCUGUGCAAGAUCGCAGUAUGUGUUACAACCACAAUAUUUAGUGAUGUUAUUCACGGACUCAUCAGCCCAAAGUUAUUUCGCCACGUCAUCAUGAACAUCACCGCAGUGCAGGAUGCAGGCUCGGUCGUUGAACAACACACCGGCAUCGGUUCGAUUAUGUGCGCCGCCAUCGCACGCAUAAACUACACGACAUUUUGCGCCGCGCACAACGGCGACUGCCUCAUCGUCAACGAAACUUUUCCGGCGUACUAUGACGAUGGAACUCCGGAUAAUGGAUACGACUGCCACACGAGUAAAGCGCCGCUUAUUGACUAUGCGGCGGCGAUGGCGAACUGCGGACCCGGGUUUUGCUGUCCGCUCCCCUUCGUAGAGUUCGGAAGCCUUGGGUGCGUAUACCUCAACCCAGAGCGCCUGGUCUGGAAGGACGCUGUCAAGAUGUGCAAAGAAUUCUGGCCGACCUCGCAUAUCUACAUGGGCAACACGAGCGCUGAUAUCCGAACUUUCAUCCAGUCCAAAGGGGUAGGUGGUGUUUGGAUCGGAGCUCACUGGGUCAGCGCCAACAACAGGUGGGAGUUCCUGAACGGUGCCCGCGUGGUGGGCAACUGGGACUGGUUUGAGCCUGGCAUCAUGAACAUUUGGAUCGGGGGACCGCCGGGGCCGUGGGAGUGCGCCCUCCAAAGAUCAGGUUCAGGCUGGUGUGAUAUGCCUUGCGGGGCUGAAGUGGAAAGCCUCUGCAUAAUUGAGCCAUGAUUUGAGAGAAAUAUUUUCUCUUGAUGCCAUGCUCCGAUGAGAAUAUCGCCUCAUGACUGCUUAAUUGAGCCAUGAUUUGGCAGAAAUGCAAUGAAAUGCAAUUAUUUCCUCUUGAUGCCAUGUUCCGAUGAGAAUAUCACCAAAAUGAUCUUUCCCGAAGAUUGUCUACAUCUUCAGAAUAUUAAAACCUGGAACGUAAAAAAUUUGAGUACGCACGUAUAUUUUAAUACGCACGAAUGCCAUGGGUGCGACCGGUGCCAGCUUACAAAACCGGUACCUGUCGUCCGUGGCGCGGUAUCGAAGGCGAUGUCUUACGCGGAAAACUGCAGUCGUCCCAACAAUGUCGGCCUGACCCAUUGUUGGCACUAUCAGUCAACGACCUAGUGCAACUCUACAACACCGAGAUGAUCUGUGCACUCAAUGAAUUUAUUCCUGCACGCACAGUUUGGGCACCUCAACGUAGCUAUUUCGUAGAGCCUAUGAAUCAUGUGCUUGGUCAUUUUUAUCCGUUCU